CAUAUUUUACUCGAUUGAAGACUCUUUGGGAUGAAUUGAUGAAUUACAUGUCUUUACCUUCUUGUAUCUCUUCAAGAAAUUGUAAUUGUGAAGUUUUAAAAGCUGUUCUUGACCACCGGCAACGAGAAUAUGCAAUGCGUUUUCUGAUGGGACUUAAUGACACUUUUGCAAGUGUUAGAUCACAAAUUUUGUUGAUAGAUCCAUUUCCUGAUAUCAACAGAGUGUUCUCUCUGAUCUUGCAAGAAGAAAGACAGCGUGGUAUUCAUUCCAUUGUUAAAUUUGUGAAUAAUGAUUCUGCUGCUUUGGUUUCCACUACUCAGCAACAACAUCCUCAGAAAUUCACUCCAAGGAAUAAAUUUUCUUCGAAACCUAAACCAAUGUGCAGCCACUGUGGAAUAGUGGGCCAUACCAAGGAGAAAUGCUAUAAACUCCACGGGUAUCCUCCUGGAUACAAAUUCACCAAAUCUCGGAUUAAUUCUGUCAAUGGUAACCCUUCUGAUAAUGUUUCACAGGAGGCACACACUUUUGAAGGAUCUUCAUUACCUUUUACUCAAGAGCAGUGUCAACAACUGCUUUCUAUGCUUGAUUUACACAAAUCUUCAACCAAACCUCCAGUGGUUUCACCCGUAGGUACUCAUCACAAUCCUCAGACAUUCCUUCAUCAGUCAGGACCUGUGUGCAUGGAGGACGAUUGGUCUGGGUGAACAACGAGAUGGACUUUAUUACUUGCUGCCAUAUAAGACAUCAACCCCUGAUGUAAUUGAUGAUUCUGUUUCUAGUGUAUUUUCUAAUUCCAAUAAUGCAUUUUCUGCUUCCAGUA